AUGCUGAACAAAGCGCUUCGAGUUCAGAACAUCGACAUUCUUUUCGCGCUUCGAUUUCUAGUCGUCGAUAUUCACAACCAGCUCAUCAAAGAAUCGUCAAACACAAACAUCAGUCGAUUAUAUCGAGGUCAAGUGAUGUCAAAAGAUGAACUUUCUCGCAUUCGUUCAAGUAUUGGCGAAUUCAUCUCGAUAAACUCCUUUCUGUCCACAACUCGUAAUCGGAGCAAAGCACUUGAAUUUGCUCAAAGCCCUCAGUGUGAAGUUCAGUAUGAACGUGUUCUGUUUAAAAUCAAAGUUGAGAGUCGAAUAAAAGCAAAACCGUUUGCCGAUAUUUCUCAAAUGAGUUAUUUCCCUGGUGAGGAAGAAAUUCUGAUUAUGCUCGGUUCCAUCUUUCGACUUGAAAGUGUUCACUUUGACAAAGAACAACAAAUCUGGGUGGCUGAUUUAGAGUUACGCAACGAAGAUGACCAUCAUCUGAAACAAGUGUUUGACCAUAUGAAGAAAGAGAUGGGGAGUGAAACUACUCUCACUUCACUUGGAAAUUUGCUCCGUCAGAUGGGUGAAUUGGACAAGGCCGAAAAGUAUUAUAAACGGUUGCUAAAUGAGCUCGCAGUGGACGAUUCUGGGAUUGCUGACGCUUACAUAGGAUUCGCUGAUGUACAAACUGACAAAGGUGAACAUGAUUUAGCCUUGAUGAAUUACGACAAAGCAUUGAAAAUCACAGUAAAAGCUCUUCCACCCGAUCACCCUGUUAUCGCCGCCACAUAUAACAAUAUCGCUAAUGUCCAAGUUAAUACAGGUGAAUAUGAUUUAGCCUUGAUGAAUUAUGACAAAGCAUUGAAAAUCAGAGUAAAAACUCUUCCACCCGAUCACCCUGAUAUCGCCACCACAUGUAACAGUAUCGGUUUUGUGCAGUGGAAGAAAGGUGAAUAUGAUUUAGCCUUGAUGAAUUACGACAAAGCAUUGAAAAUCCGAGUAAAAGCUCUUCCAUCCGAUCACCCUGAUAUCGCCACCACAUAUAACAGUAUGGCUAAUGUACAAGCUGACAAAGGUGAAUAUGAUUUAGCCUUGAUGAAUUAUGACAAAGCAUUGAAAAUCAGAGUAAAAGCUCUUCCAUCCGAUCACCCUGAUAUCGCCACCACAUAUAACAGUAUGGCUAAUGUACAAGCUGACAAAGGUGAAUAUGAUUUAGCCUUGAUGAAUUAUGACAAAGCAUUGAAAAUCAGAGUAAAAGCUCUUCCAUCCGAUCACCCUGAUAUCGCCACCACAUGUAACAGUAUCGGUCUUGUGCAGUGGAACAAAGGUGAAUAUGAUUUAGCCUUGAUGAAUUACGACAAAGCAUUGAAAAUCACAGUAAAAGCUCUUCCACCCGAUCACCCUAAUAUCGCCGCCACAUAUAACAAUAUCGCUAAUGUCCAAGUUAACACAGGUGAAUAUGAUUUAGCCUUGAUGAAUUACGACAAAGCAUUGAAAAUCAGAGAAAAAGCUCUUCCACCCGAUCACCCUGAUAUCGCCGCCACAUAUAACAAUAUCGCUAAUGUCCAAGUUAACACAGGUGAAUAUGAUUUAGCCUUGAUGAAUUAUGACAAAGCAUUGAAAAUCAGAGUAAAAGCUCUUCCACCCGAUCACCCUGAUAUCGCCACCACAUAUAACAGUAUCGGUUUUGUGCAGUGGAAGAAAGGUGAAUAUGAUUUAGCCUUGAUGAAUUAUGACAAAGCAUUGAAAAUUCGAGUAAAAGCUCUUCCAUCCGAUCACCCUGAUAUCGCCACCACAUAUAACAGUAUGGCUAAUGUACAAGCUGACAAAGGUGAAUAUGAUUUAGCCUUGAUGAAUUACGACAAAGCAUUGAAAAUCCGAGUAAAAGCUCUUCCAUCCGAUCACCCUGAUAUCGCCACCACAUAUAACAGUAUGGCUAAUGUACAAGCUGACAAAUGCCUUGGCUUAAGACUCCUUGAACCCAACUUAAAACUUUAA